CUUUCUAUUUUGAUAAUAUAACUUUAAUUCGAAAAAGUAGUUGGGAAGAGUUUGGUUGGUGGCUUUUACCUGCUACCGUUGCUAACGACUCCGCAAGCGAACCGCAAAAAAAAGGCGCUCAAUCUACGAGCUGCAGCUAAAAUCAGGAGAUGUCUUCGCCGGUGAACUCCCCCGCCGUAAUCACCUGCAAAGCUGCGGUGGCAUGGGCGCCGGGGGAGCCGUUGGUGUUGGAGGAGGUGGCGGUGGAGCCACCGAAGCCGAUGGAGAUCCGCAUCAAAGUCGUCUGUACUUCGAUCUGCCGCAGCGACGUCACUCAAUGGGAAUCCAAGGCGCAACCCGAUCUGUUUCCUCGGAUCUUCGGCCAUGAAGCAUCUGGGAUAGUAGAAAGUGUAGGAGAGGGAGUCACAGAGUUUGAAGUAGGAGAUUAUGUGCUCACCGUGUUCAUUGGAGAGUGUGGAACUUGCAAGCAUUGUGUAUCUGGUAAGAGUAACAUGUGCCAGAAACUGGGCUUGGAGAGAAAGGGUCUAAUGCACACAGAUCAGAAGACCCGGUUCUCGAUCAAAGGAAAACCUGUGUAUCAUUAUUGUGCUGUGUCAAGCUUUAGCGAGUACACAGUGGUACACUCUAAUUGUGCUGUUAAAAUAAGCUCAAGUGCAUCAAUGGAUAGAAUUUGCCUUUUAAGCUGUGGGGUAUCCGCAGGCCUUGGUGCUGCCUGGAAAGUUGCUGACAUAUCUAAAGGGUCAACUGUAGUGAUUUUUGGUCUCGGAACUGUAGGCCUUUCAGUGGCGCAAGGUGCUAAGAUAAGGGGUGCUUCGAAGAUAAUAGGAGUGGAUACUAAUCCUGAAAAGUAUGAAAAGGGAAAGGCCUUUGGCAUAACAGACUUUAUCAACCCAGAUGAAUGCAGCGAACCUAUUCAACAGAUAGUUAAGAAAAUGACAGAUGGAGGGGCAGAUUACUCUUUUGAAUGUGUUGGUGAUACUGGAAUUGUUUCUACGGCAUUACAAUCAUGUUGCGAUGGUUGGGGAUUGACAGUGACUUUAGGAGUACCAAAAGUCAAGCCAGAGGUCUCAGCUCAUUAUGCAGUACUUCUCUCUGGAAGAACUCUUAAAGGUUCUUUGUUUGGAGGAUGGAGACCAAAAUCUGACCUGCCCUUACUAGUGGAUAAAUAUAUGAACAAGGAAAUUGAAGUUGAUGAACUUGUUACACACGAUAUGCCGUUUAGUAGAAUAAAUGAAGCUCUCAACCUGAUGAGAGAAAGGAAGUGCUUGCGCUGUGUGAUUCAUAUGUCAGAGCAGUAAAAGGAAUACGCCAGGAUAAUAGAUACUGGUUCUGUCAGUUUGUUUGUCAUGUGAAAGCUUUUACUGACUUAAUUUUCACUUAUAUCUGUUUGAAUCUGACAUUCAACAAUUGGUAACGGAAAGGAGUCUGUCUUUCUUUGGGCCUUCUUCAUGUACUGCUAUUGGGUGAUUGUAAAAGCUUGUAACGGGAAUUCUUGAUUCCGAUCUUUUAAUGUAGAACUCUGCCAAAAGGCUCUUUUCAUAAUUCAGAGUUGAAAGUAACAUUUGUAUUCAGCA